UGGACGGCGCGAUGACGGCUGAGGCGGCUACGGCGGAGGUCUCUCAGGUUUUCCAGGAGUGUGGCUGCAAGGGUAUCCGGACCUGUCUGAUUUGCGAGAGGCAGCGCCAGGUUGACCCUCCCUGGCAGCUCUCCCAGCAGAAAACACACCACUUCCUUUACUGUGUGGACACAGGCUGGGCUGUAGGGGCUGAAGAGUCUGACUUUGAAGGCUGGGCCUUCCCCUUUCCAGGGGUGACACUAAUAGAAGAUUUUGUGACCCCGGAGGAAGAGGCCGAGAUGGUGCGCUUGAUGGACCGGGACCCCUGGAAGCUGUCUCAGUCUGGCCGUAAGAAGCAGGACUACGGCCCCAGAGUCAACUUCCGGAAACAGAAGCUGAAGAUGGCAGGCUUCCAGGGCCUGCCCAGCUUCAGCCGAGAGGUGGUGCGGAGGAUGGGUCUCUACCCUAGCCUGGAGGGCUUCCAGCCCGUCGAGCAGUGUAACCUGGACUACAGCCCUGUGCGUGGCUCUGCCAUUGACCCUCACUUGGAUGAUGCCUGGCUGUGGGGUGAGCGGCUGGUGAGUCUCAACCUCCUGUCCCCCACUGUGAUGUCCAUGUCCCGGGAGUCACCUGACACACUGCUACUCAGUUUGGCUCCUCCUGCCAGCCCCAAGGACUGUAUGGACAACAGUGUGUUCACCCCCACCCGCUCCGUCUUGUGCCAGGAUGUGGAGGUGGCCAUCCCUGUCCCCCGCUGCUCCCUGCUGGUGCUGACUGGGGCGGCGCGGCACCAAUGGACUCAUGCCAUCCACCGCAGGCACAUCACAGCCCGGCGGGUCUGUGCCACCUUUCGGGAGCUGUCAGCUGAAUUCCAGCCCGGGGGAAGGCAACAGGACCUAGGACGUGAACUCCUGCAGCUCUCAUGCUCUUUCCAAGGGAGACCCAUGUGAACUGCCUCCCUGGGGACAGGCCUGUGCCAGCCUGGCCAGAGGUGCCCAGGACAGCUCUCUUCUCCUUGUUAGGUUUUGGUGGAAGCCAUCUGACCCUGAUGCUAUGGGCAGUAUGAGCCCUGUACAGAGUUGGUUCGGAUGGGACCAUACACAGGGUCCUGCCCUUUGGACCUAUGCUACUGUUGGGGUUAAUCUGUCACAGUCUAGAGUAACAAUUGCACUUUCAAAAUGCUGGUACAUGUGUGAAAUGACAUUUGCCUUUACCUGUCUCAGGGUCUCCAGCUACUUGCCAGUCAGGCCCAGGAGCUAGGGACAAUGUGGGCCUGAGGAGAGUGCAAGGAUGGAAAGCAUGACUGGUGGCAGAUUUGAAGUUCAGGCUUCAGGUGGUGGCAGCUCCUGAGUUGGCUUGGCCUGGGUCAUGCUUCACCUUAGUGCGGGGAGUGUGAUGGGCAGGGACAAUGGACAGCUUGGUUCCCCUCACCACCCUGUUAAAAGUAGGAAAAAAGGCUUUUCCCCUCCUAGGAUGCCUUGAGGUUGUUUCUUUGGUGGCACUCAUGGUGUGUGUGGGGGGUGCUUACCUGGAAAAGGUGGCUGCCCUGGUCACCUCCAUCAGACAGUAGGGAGAACGGUGGCUGGACCUCUUUCUUGGGGCUCAUGAGACAAAAUAUACUCAGCUGAGUGCCACCUGCCUUAGGCUCCUGGGGGGAAUAGGGCUGCGUCACCCCCUGGGAAAGAGUCCUGAUCAAUGUGCUCUGUAAGUCCUUGAAAACCACUAAGAGCUCUGAGGCACCAUCUGCAGAGCAGCUUCCCAGCCACUGGCCAAGCUAAAUCCUGCAAAGGCCCUGCGAGAGCUGGCUGGGAGUGGCAGAAUAUGCCUGUAACCCCACACUCAGGAAGCUGAGGCAAGACUCUGCUAUGGAUCAAGAUUCUGUUAAAAAAAAAAAAAAGAUCCUGUGAGAGGUGGCUGGCAGGUGGGCAUGGGCUCUGGGGCC